AUGACUGAGUAGAAAACUCUUGAGGAUAAAAUUGCAUUUGACCCAUCUGAAUGGGAAGAAGUACCAUUUUAUGAAAUAACUUAAUUGCGUAAGCAUAGUGAAGUGAUUUCACUUGAUAAUUAAGAUUCAUCGUAAAAGCAAUCUAAACAAAUGUAAAGCGCUGAAGAAUCUCAGAGCGAGUAGGAAAAAUAAACUAGAGUAACUAAUUUAGUUUAAUCAGCCACUGUUGCUCGUUAAUUGCAAAAUCAAUAUUUCCUUGUUGAAUAAGGAAAAAAAUAUUAAAAGUAUAAAAAAUAUAUUAAAUUUGAAUAGUUUUUCCGUGAUAACUACGAAAAAAGCUUAUAUUUUGAUCCAGAAUAAGAAAUCUUUAUAACAAGCGAUGGAUUGUAAAUGGCUGCAAGCAGCGGAAACUAAAUCGGUACAAGUCUCCUCUAUAACAAGCAGACUAAAGAGUUGGUAGGUUUCUCAAAUAUUUCUUACAACAUAGAAAUCAGCACAAUGAACAAGGCCUUAGAACAGGCCAUUUAAGAAGAAGAGGAAGAAAAUGGGUAACAGAAUGAUGGUAAAUAAGAAAAUAUGGCUAGUUAAAAUUAAUAAUCAGCCUCGAAGAAUGGUGGCAACAACAGCAACAGACCUGAAAACACUCUUGAAUCUAUAUAUGACUGGAUUGAGAAAAAAGAUAAGCUAAAACAAAAAAGAAUAAAAAAGCAAAAUAAGAGCAAGGAGACAUUGCCUCAGUAUAUAUAAGACUCAUAAAGUUAUCAAAAAAAUAAAAGAAAUCCUUCAAUGAAUAAGUUUAUUCGUAAAAUGAAGAAAUGA